CUCCAGCGUUCCCAUUUUGCGUGCGCGACUUUCUGCAUACAAGAUCCCCGCACGUGUGAUCGAUGGAACAAAACCACGCGCCGCCGCAGGGUUUGACGCCGGAGGAGUACGUGGUGCUCAGGCCCGUCAUGGAAACGUAUCAUAAAUUUGAGCCAGCGCCCAACACGUGCACCUCGCUCAUAACACAGCGCAUCGACGCGCCGGUGGAUGCGGUGUGGCCGUUUGUCCGAAGCUUCGAGAACCCACAGAGGUACAAGCACUUCAUCAAGAGCUGUAACAUGAGGGGUGAAGGAGGGGUUGGCAGCAUACGGGAGGUCACUGUUGUGUCGGGGCUUCCGGCGUCGACAAGCACAGAGAGGCUGGAGAUUUUGGACGACGAGAAGCAUAUACUGAGCUUCAGGGUGGUCGGAGGCGAGCACCGUCUGAAUAACUAUAGGUCGGUUACUUCGGUGAAUGAGUUCAGAAAAGAUGGGAGAGUUUAUACCAUUGUUUUGGAGUCGUAUAUCGUGGAUAUACCGGAAGGCAAUACCGUAGAAGAUACAAAGAUGUUCGCGGAUACGGUUGUGAAUUUGAAUCUACAGAAGCUAGGCGUGGUAGCCAUAAGCUCUAUGCAUGGCAAUGAAUGAGGUGGCGGAGUUGGUGGUGGUGGUAGCGACGGUGGCGGCUGGUGGGUGAGAUUCGGUUAUUUAGAAAGAAAAAAAUUUAUCAGUGCUAGAUUUUAUUCUUUGUUUUCUGCUUAUUAGUUUUAAUUAUAAGACAGCUUGGGAUAAUUUGAUUCGUAGGUAUAUCUUGUUAUUUUUGUUGGGUUCAAUAUCUCAGUACUACUUGUAUUGUUUUCUCUUUUCAUCAUUAUUUAACUAUAUUGUUUUUUUCUUCUUUAGCUCACAAUUUAUUAUUUAUUUUAGUAAUAUUUUGCUCAGCAAAUAAGAGUUUAAGGGUGGC